UAUAAACAAUUACGUGAAAUUUCGAGAUAUUGAUAAAAAAAGAUUAACGAACCACCUUACGCAAUAUUGUGAAACAAGUUCCGUUAGCGCAAGAUAUCAUCAAAAUUGUUUGAAAUGUGGUUGUUUGUUUGCGACACGCUCACCAUACAUCGGAAAAUAAUUAUUAUCACGCUGUUCGCAUCCUUAUUCUACCUUGAGCUAUCAGUCGAUAUCCGACUAUGCUAAAAUACAAUAGUGUUUUAACCAUUUUCGAUAAGAUCUUGCGCUUACAGAGUCCAAUAACGUGCGCUCAGAUUCGUCAAUUUUUUUAGUAUCUCAAAAUCUUACGUAGUUAUUUGCGAAAUGCUAGAGCUCUUCGUGUUCAGGUUAACAUGUUUCACUUUCACAUGUGUGCUUUUGUAUACCUUGCGUCAAACACUGUACACAGCGUAUCUCGACCCUUCAUGAUGACCCUUGGUGAGAACGUAGAACGGAUUUAGAUUCUGUGUUGAAGAUUUUUCAAGAACGGUGAUAUUUUAUCAAGGAAAUAGACAUUUUACAUAUUAUUCUCUUCAACUCAAUAUGGUAAAUCCGAAGAAAUACAUCCAAACAAACAAUAUAUCACAUUCUGCUAUACAACAUUUACUUGAGGAGUUUGAAGAAGAAUUAGUAUGUAUGUCAGGAAAGGGUAUAGAUAUUGGUUGCGGUCCCGGUGACGUUACAAGACAAAUGCUCUUACCCACACUCCACCCAAACGCGGUAGUCAUUGGUACUGAUGUGUCGAAGGACAUGAUCGAAUAUGCCAAGGAAUUACACGCUGACGAAGAACGACUCAAAUUCGAAAUUCUCGAUAUUCAAACUAAACAUCUGCCUGAAAAACACAUUUCUGAAUAUGAUCACGUAUUCUCAUUUCACGCUUUGCAUUGGUGCGCUGAUAUGCGACAAGUAUUUAAGAAUAUCUAUCGCUUACUUCGACCUGGCGGAACUGUGCUAAUAUUAAUGGUAAUAUCUCACGACGUAUUUGAUAUUUUACAUAAAUUGUCGCAAGACAAUCGAUAUACGUCGUACAUAAAGCAUGCGAAUAAUUUCAUUCCUGAAUUCCACAAUUCGGAUCAUCCCCAUAAAGAUCUAAAAGCAUUAUUCAAAAGUGUUGGGUUUAAUGUCCAUCACUGCAGUCAUCGAGAGAGAACCCAUUCUGCUAAUGACGCACAGGAAUUACCAGAACUUUUAUUCUCUUUCCUAACGCAAUUUUUUGAGGACAUGCCUCAUGAUCGAAUGGCAGAAUUAGAAGAUAAGUUUACACAGGAAUAUAUGAAAAGAAGAUUUUUCCAUAAACAGGGAUCCAAUCAAAAUGAAAAAGUUGUAUCAGAUCUACACGAAAUAUUAAUAGUUUAUGCACAAAAGGAUAAUGACGUUGAAAAUAUGUGUAUAUUGUAACCAUGUCACGUCGUCGAUGAUUGCACGACAUAAUAAAGCACAUUUGCCUAUAUUUUACAAUCAUAAUUAUUGCAUUACACGAUUAGUUGAUUGUCAGGAUUAAAAUAGAUUUAAUAAUGCUUAUAUAUGAGCAAAGUGAACUAAAGUUAAUACAUGUAUUUUAAUUAUAAUAUAAUAAAUAUAUGACGCAAUUAUAA